UGAUACGUCUUCGGCACUCGACGCUCGCUCUGCCCCCCGGCCCGUCAAUACUUCCUCGCGAGUGCCGGCUACUGCUGCGAACAUAGCAUCUUCGACAGCGUACCGAUCUCCUUCCAUCUCUCAUCAGCCUCCCCCGCAGAUCAUAGGCCGACGACGACGAAGACCAUCUGCAGAACCUCCGCUAGAAGACGAGGCCCGUAUUGCCGUUCCUGCUGCGGACGCUGUGUCUGCCGCUGCAGGCACAACUACCGGAAGGCAAUUCAAACGAAGGCGGCGCGGCGGCGCAAUCAUGUCAUCAGACGGGGACAUGGCCGGGGCGUUUAAUGGAUCCGGGGCCACGCAGUCAAACGGCUCUUUCGCCGCGUCUACAGCCCAUCGGGAUGUAGCCUCUUCUAUUUCCGCCAACGGCAACCGUAAGGCGGGUGUUGUGACGAAUGGGUCGUCGAAUGGCGAGAAACGAUCGGCUCCACACCCUCAGACGUAUUUCGGACACAAUCGAGAGGAAGUCACGCGGAUAUUGAUUCAGGCUCUAACAGACAUGGGCUAUCAGGCGGCAGCCGACAGUGUUGGGCAAGAGAGCGGUUACAGCUUAGAGAAUCCCACCGUCGCAGCGUUUCGGUCGGCCGUGCUUGCUGGCUCCUGGGCAGAGGCAGAAGACCUAUUAAACGGUGCAACAGCGCCAGAUGAAGAAGGCGAGGGAGGAAAUGGCCUUGUUCUCGCAGCCGGCUCAGACAAGGAUAUAAUGAGAUUCUGGCUGCGGCAGCAAAAGUUUCUAGAGCUACUCGAACGUGGAGAAACAUCUCGAGCCUUGACGAUACUUCGCAUGGACUUGACUCCCCUCUACCAAGAUCCGGCCAAACUUCGACUCCUAUCAAGCUUGCUGAUGUGCAGUUCUCCAGAAGAGGUUAUGCAAAAGGCUAACUGGGAUGGCGCCAAUGGGCAGUCUCGAAGAAAACUGCUGUCGGAAUUAUCUAAACGCAUAUCACCGUCGGUCAUGCUCCCCGAGAACCGCCUGGCUGUGCUUCUUCAGCACGUUAAGCAAAGCCAGAUAGAUACAUGCCUCUACCACACCGCGGCAUCGUCUCCUUCACUGUAUUCCGACCACCUUUGUGACCGACGGAAUUUUCCUUCUGAAGUAGCCCUGGAGCUAGGCGACUUUGGAGGGGAAAUUUGGUCUGUCCGGUUUUCUCAUGACGGUACGCGCUUAGCAGCCUGUGGUAGCCGAGAGCACGUCAAGAUAUGGGAUACACAAACAUUCUCCGUCGUUAGUGUUCUCACCAUUGAACCUGCAGAUGAUAGAGGUAAAGGUAUCUGUGAUAUUUCUUGGAGUCCCGACGACUCCAUGAUCAUGGUGUGCUCAUUUGAUAAGCACGCUCGGCUGUGGGAUCCAAAUACAAGCACUUUGAUUAAAGAUUUCAAAAGGUUCGACGAGCCGGUAAGCGGCUGUGUGUGGGCGCCAGACGGUAGAUCAUUUGUAUUGGGUACCUUGGAUAAAUUUCACGGCCUAUGUACCUUCAACGUAUACGACGAUGAGAUUAUUGAAUGGGACAAAAAGCAUAGAGUUCAGGACCUUUGUGGAUCUCCCGAUGGCCGCUUGCUAGUGGUAGUGGAUGACCUUCAACACAUACACGUCUACGAUGCCAUUACGCGGGAGCUAGAAUACGAUUUAGAACUCAAGGCCAGGCCAACGUCGGUCAGCAUCAGCCAGGACUCUCGGCAUUUACUUGUCAACAAGAAGGACGGCGAGGCUCAACUCAUCGAUCUCACGACUAGGAAUUCCAUUCAGAAGUUUCUAGGGCACACGGGGGGCGAUUUCCUUAUCCGUGCUGCAUUUGGCGGCGCAAGCGAGAGCUUUGUUAUGAGUGGAAGCGAAGAUGGAAACAUUCUCAUCUGGCACAAGAACAUUGGGGCCGCCGUCGAGAGGCUGCCCGGCCACCAGCCGCGAUGCAAUGCAGUGGUUUGGAAUCCCACGGAUCCAUGCAUGCUGGCUUCUUGUGGAGAUGAUGGCCGUAUCAAAAUGAUUUACAGCUGGACCAGCAAAGCACGGAGUGUGGAGCUUCGAGCAAGACAUCCUAGGGGAGGAUCUAACGGAUGGAGGAAUGCGGUUGACGAGUCGUAGGCCGAGAGGCAAACGCUGCGCCCUCUACGCCAACCCAAAAAUCCCGAACCUCAACUUCCACAAACACCGCCGCCCGCGAUGGCGAUUUCAGAGCUGCAAGAAGGGUCAAGGCUUCCAGCAUUACGACCAGCGCGACCGCCGCAACCAGCAAGCCAGAUUAUCGUGCCAAGAGAUCCGGAAAGGACGAG